GUGUGCGCGCAGCGGGCGGGAUAUCCGCAGUAGUAAGCUAACUAAUAACAUGGCGAAGACUUACGAUUACUUGUUUAAACUACUCUUAAUCGGCGACUCGGGCGUCGGGAAGACCUGCGUGCUGUUCAGAUUCUCAGAGGAUGCCUUCAACUCAACGUUUAUCUCCACUAUAGGUAUUGACUUCAAGAUCAGAACAAUAGAAUUAGAUGGGAAGAAGAUCAAGCUACAAAUAUGGGAUACAGCAGGACAGGAGAGGUUCAGGACCAUCACAACGGCCUACUACAGAGGAGCCAUGGGCAUCAUGUUAGUGUAUGACAUUACCAAUGAGAAGUCCUUUGACAACAUCAAGAACUGGAUACGGAAUAUAGAAGAGCAUGCUUCAGCAGAUGUGGAAAGGAUGGUCCUUGGGAACAAAUGUGAUGUCAAUGACAAGCGACAGGUGUCCAAAGACAGAGGAGAGAAGCUGGCGCUGGAGUACGGUAUCAAAUUCAUGGAGACUAGUGCAAAGGCGAACAUCAACGUGGAGAAUGCCUUCUUAACCCUCGCCAGAGACAUCAAAGCAAAAAUGGACAAGAAGCUGGAGGGCAACAACCCGCAGAGCAACAGUCCAGGAGUAAAGAUUACAGAACAGCCCAAGAAGAGCAGCUUCUUCCGCUGCACGCUCCUGUGAGGAGACGGGAGCGUCUGCGUCCACCAUCGCCUUAACUGUGUCCCCCACUGGACAGAACUGGACAGAGCACACUCUGAUCUCUCUUUCAUCUUUCUUCGCUUAUCUGCCUCCUUCUCUUUCUGAUUGUCCUGUGCUUAUCUAGUUGGAAGAACAAAAGUUUAUCGCUCCCUUGGUUUACCAGUCUUCCCUUGACACCUGUGAAUCUAACUACUGUGGCCUCUGUUACAUGCUAAAUCUGAUUUCUUUUUUUUUUUUUUCUUUUUUUUUACAGUCUCUCAACUUUCAACUUGAUCCCUUAGAUUUUAUUUACUUUUAAAGACUUCCUCUAGAAACGAUCAAGCCUUUACUGCUCACAAUAAUGUGUGAUAGCUGUUUUUUCCCCCACCUGUUGUCAGUGUCACUCGGUGAAGUCUUAUUUAUUCGACCCUUAUCACUAAAAAGCCGCCCAAAUUGUACUUCCAGAAUAGGUUUACUAGUUCAGUGGGCUUCCUCAUUUUGAAAAUACUCUUAUCAAAUAAUGUGACCUAUGUCUCUGAAGGUAAUGAGAGUACAAUCUCAGUUGAUUACUGUUUUUUGAAGCUAUUAUGCGCCAUUUACAUACUGACUGAGUGGCCUCGACUUUUAUACAUAUAUAUCUACACAAGGUAAAUGCAACAUGUAAAUAUGUAUCACUGAUUAUGAUUCAUCAUAUGAGACAGCAGUGCCAGCACAUUUUACUCGAUCAUAUCAACAUUCGGGUUUACAGUUCUGUCUGUCCACCUUUUUCUGUUGAUUUCUUCGGCUGAAACAUUCCACCCCUCUUGUGAACACUUUAAUGUGCAAUGUAAAGAGUAUGUGGGGCCCAGAUUUUGUCUAUCUUAAGUAUUCACAUGGUUGCGGUAAGGGUUCUGGGACUGGGGUCUUGACAAAGUAUGCUUGUUUUAAGGGCACACAGAUUCCUUUUUUGUAGUUGCUUACCUCAUCAUUUUAGGUAUUGCAAUUUGUUUGGAUGAGAAAGAUGCGAUUGGUGUAGACGGUUAUUCAAUGCACUUCAGCUGGUGGACUAGCAAUACCUAACUCUUAACACCUGGUGGCGAUACAGUUACACAGCAGUGGCACCGAAGGAAUCACAGCGAUCAUGAAAUCAUUGUUUUAUGCAUUCAUACUUCUUCCAGUUGUCAGUUCCACCGGGGGAACAUGCACAUGACCGUUUUCUGGGCCUUUAAUAGGGGCUGUGCUGUAGCAGUAUUUAUGGAGUGAAACAAAAACAUAGCACCAAAAUGACAAAGUGCCCUUUAAUGUUCCUUUUGAUAAUGCACUUUUCCUUUGUUCUUUCUGUUAAAAAAAAAGUUCUUAACAUUUGUUGACUGUGUUUGUUGCAAGUCUUAACUGAAAGCAAAGAUAUUCAUGCACAAGUUUUCCAUGUACCUUAUCUGGGCUUCCUGAAAACAUCUGAGCACUGAAACCUCAUUUUUCUUUAGUCACUAUAAUGAAAAUAUACUGAAGGCCUUUGAUUUAGAGAUGUUUUUCAUUCCUAUUCCCAACAUUCCAGAAUUCCCAUUAAUUGAUAUUUCACAUUUUCAAGCUUUUUAUGCAUUUCCAACCCCAUUGAUGCUUUUGGGAACCCCAGAUGCACCUACCCCUCUCUCUUUCAUUCCCUCCCCUCUACCUCCUCUCUUCAGAUGUCACCAUGUCUUGUUUUGGCUCACUAUUAUGGCCAUUUGAACUAUGCAUUCUGGGUGCGUAGAAAACCUCAAAAAGCUUUGCACAUUUGACUUGACGAGCUUUAUUUGAGAUUAGAAAUGUGCGAAGGAUCCUUGCUGUUUUAUUUUCUGCUGUCACUCCAAAUUGUAUUUCCUAAAUUGAGCCGUUCAGACGUAAGAAUAGGAAAUUACCUGAAAGCUGACAAAAAUCACCUCUGACGUUUUACAGUGAGAGCACACGCACAGUUUCCAGCGGUGCUGAAGAGUUAAAGAAUUGAAUAUGUGACUGCCUAUAUGUUAACCUGUGGAAUUAAAUCAUUGUUGUUAAUGUGGUUGGAGUUUGUGGUUGGACAAUUUCGGCUUAACUGGCUCUUACAGAUUAAGCUAUUUCAUGACUUGAUAAAAAUCCACGUUUUUAGACUUGAGUUUCUCUUAAAUUUGGUCUUUAAAAUGAACUCACUUCUUUUGAUUGGAGUCAUUAGUAUUUCUCGCCAGUUGGAAAUUUGCCAGCUUUAGCUUAACAUAUCUUCAACUUUCUCUAACUAAAUUUGGAUUUUGUCGCAGAUUUCGUGGGGAAUAAAUUAAAUAAUUCAGCAAUUGUAAAUAAGAUCUACAAUGAUUGUACUUCAUAAAUCUUAUUGAUCUACACCUUUUGUAGAUAUGUGUACUUUUGAUGAUUUAUUAAAAAUGAGAUUCUUAAAAAAAA